AUGUUUUACGGUCCCUAAUUUAAUUACCAACAGUUUCCAACUUUAAUUAAUUAUAAAAAAGAUAUCUUUCAAAAUUUUGAAUUUAAUCAAAGAUUUUCCCUUUUUUUCAAAUCCAAAUUUCCCACUAAAAAAGCUAAUUUGAAAAUUGAAAUAUAAUUUUUAAAAAAUUCAAUUAAUUUAUUGAUAAGCACUGUAAAAUUGAACUUUUAAACUAAUUUUUCUAUUCUUAAAAAAUAUUUCUCAAUAUUUUUAAUAAAUAAGUUGGUUGUAUUGAUUUAAAAUGAACAAAUUAUAUUUUUAUUGAAUAAAUUUAAAAUUUAUUUUUUGUAAAUUUUAUUAAAAAUAAAUUUCAGAGAAUACUUAAAAGUAAAUUUUUUAUUCUAGUAUAAAUUUUAAAAAGAAAAAAAUUAAUAAUUUACAAAAAAAAACUAGAAAAAUUUGAAAAUGUAUUUUUAUAAUAGGAUAAAAAUUAUUAAAAGAUAUUUUAUUUAUAUGUUAUCAACCAAAACUUAUUUUUAAUUUAACUUUAAUAUAUCUAAUAAGAGUAAUUCAAAAAUGAUAAUUUUAAAAAAAUAAUCUUCUGGUCUAAGUUGUUCAAAGAUGUUAAAAUGA